GCAACAUUCCAUCGAUUGAUCGGCGACGCUGUCAAACAGCGAGGUUGCAUAGAAUUUUUGUUUUCGUGACCCGAGCAAAAUAAUUAGGCGAACACCUCGUGGCUAACAUAAUGAAGAAACACCAAACACGCCAAAAGGUGAUGAACGACCCAGUAAUAGUAUCGCGUGUAAAGAAUUAUCUCGCCGAAAAUGUGGACAAGACUUACGUCGAUGUCGGCCAAAUGGCGCGUUCUCUGAAAGAGCGCUAUCGUGAAUAUAAUCAUAGAAACGACUCUGCUUUCUGUCAGCUGGUGGAAAGUGCUUAUAAAGUGGUAUUACAAAGUUACGGACUAGACGGAGCUUCUACUUCGGACGGUUCAGACGAAGAAUCUGAUCUAGAGUUGUUGGACGAGAAUAACAGCGCGUUGAACGACCGAAUACUACAAAUGUACAAAAUGCAGGACAAGAAGCGGCCGGCGACGUCCCGGCGCCCUACAGACAAGACUGGUGAGCCAAUAGACAUACUUAGCAGUGACGAAGAUGGUUCCGCGGCGCCGAAAUUGCCGAAAAUCAAUGAUCAAAUCACUAUUACCCCCCACAUACCAUCAUCAAACAGAAAUAUGAACAACACAUCAAUGGAUUCUACAGCAAAGUCGCGACAGAAUCAAAACAAUGUUGAGAAAAAACGAAAGCCUGAUUUAAAUAAAAGUAUAACAGCAUCUAAGAAAAAGUUUGAAAUUGGUGCAUCAAAGAAUGUUAAGGUUAGUUUUGAGGAUAUUGGGGGCAUAUCCGAAAUCAUUACACAGAUCUGUGACCUUGUGUUGCACAUGAAACACCCAGAAGUAUAUAAUCAGUUGGGGAUCAAGUCUCCACGAGGAGCAUUAUUGCACGGGCCUCCAGGUACAGGGAAAACUUUAUUAGCAAAUGCUAUUGCUGGCAAACUUAAGUUGCCACUAGUGGCUGUUACUGGCACAGAACUUGUUGGAGGAAUGUCUGGUGAGUCUGAGGAGAGGAUACGAGAGUUAUUUGAAAAAGCUGUGUCAGUAGCCCCCUGUGUAUUAUUCAUAGAUGAGAUUGAUGCUGUGUGUGGAAACAGAAUCAAUGCUCAGAAAGACAUGGAAAAGCGAAUGGUAGCUCAAUUGUUAGCCAGUUUGGACUCCUUAAGUGAUUCCAGUGUUUCAGUCCUUGUACUUGCUGCAACCAACAACCCUGAUGCCUUGGAUCCUGCUCUAAGAAGAGCUGGUCGCCUUGAACAAGAGAUUACCCUAGGUAUUCCUACUCUAAAAGCUAGAAAAGAAAUAUUAGAUAUUUUGUGUAAAAAUAUGGCAUUAGAUGAUGAUGUUGAUAUAGCUGCUAUUGCUCAAAUUACUCCUGGUUUUGUUGGUGCUGAUUUACAAGCAUUAGUAAACAAAGCUAGCACUCAUGCUGUGAAAAGAGUGUUUGCUGAAAUUCGAGAAAAACAACAGCAGCAGCUGUUACAAAAAAAAACUGAAGAGAAAAUUGAAAAGCCUAGCAUUUCUUCAGAGGAAGUUGCAGAGAUUCCAAAUGGAGAGAAAGAAGGGGAAGAACCACAGGUGAAUGAAACUGGGGAUGCACCCUCUACAGCAGAAGUACCACCAUCUGAAACUGAACCCACAGAACCACCCAAAGAAAUAAAUAAUGAAGAAGAGACAGUUAGUCAGCCACCACCACCUGAAAUAAAAAUCAUAGAUCCGACAGAAGAAGUAUUAAAUCUUCUAGGUGAAGCAAUACCAUACACAAGCCAAGAGUUAUCUGGGCUUUCUAUUAAACAAGAAGACUUCCUUAAAGCUAUUAAGACUACUAAACCUUGUGCUGUAAGGGAAGGUAUUGUGACUGUUCCCGAUGUGACAUGGGAUGAUGUUGGGUCCUUGAGCCAAGUCAGGAAAGAUUUACAGUUGGCUGUGUUAGCUCCUGUGAAAUACCCAGAGCAGUUAAAAAAGCUUGGAUUAUCAGCACCGAGUGGAGUUCUGCUGUGUGGGCCUCCAGGUUGCGGUAAAACUUUGUUAGCUAAGGCUGUAGCCAAUGAAGCUGGAGUAAACUUUAUUUCCGUGAAAGGUCCCGAACUUCUGAACAUGUAUGUUGGUGAGAGCGAGAGAGCAGUGCGGACGUGUUUCCGACGCGCACGUAAUUCCGCUCCCUGUGUUAUAUUCUUCGACGAAUUUGAUGCAUUGUGCCCCCGACGUACUUCUCAAGACCACAAUGGCGCUGCGCGAGUUGUGAACCAAUUGCUAACAGAGAUGGACGGUAUUGAAAGUCGCGAAGGUGUAUUUGUUUUAGCUGCUUCAAAUAGACCGGAUAUAAUCGACCCUGCAGUGUUGAGACCUGGUCGUUUGGAUCGCGUCAUGUAUGUCGGGAUGCCGCAAAGAGAAGACAGGUUCGACAUUUUGCAGAAGCUCACCAAGAAUGGCGCUAGACCCCAACUUGGAGCUGAUGUGGACUUGCAAGUUGUUGCUGAACUGACUGAGAGCUACACUGGAGCAGAUCUGGCUGGGUUGGUCCGGGCAGCAGCAACUAACGCUUUGACAAACCACAUCUCGAAUGGUACUCUUGAAGGCGAAAUUUUCGUUACUUUUGAGGACUUUCGAGCUGCUUUGGCAAAAUGCAAACCCUCAGUUUCAACAAAAGAGCAAUUACAUUACGAGAAAUUGCGGCUGAAGUAUGCUUCGGGGGCUGACGACAAAGACAUGGAGAUGGAGACUGAGCCUACAAAUGAGGAAUCUAUGGACACUGUGUGAGAAUCAUUCAGUUGUUGGGUCAUACAAACUUAGAAGACUAGUUCCACUUGUAUCACGUCCUAUUAUAAUAAGAGUGUGUAAUUAAAACCAAUAGUGCCAAGAUGUUCCUUUAACGCUGUAAUGUCUGUAAAUGUCUGACCUUGGAGAAUAAGUGCAAUUCACGUACCAUAGCUAAAUAUUGACAUGAUUUAACUUCAGAAUAAUUGUAAUCACGUAGAUUUCCUAAAGAGCCAGUGUUUAUUUUCAUAUUGUCAGUGUGAAAGUGAUUCAGUAGAUAAGCUCAAAGUCUUAAAAUCUGCACAUUUUAAUUUUAAUAAUGUACCUACCUAAAUAAAAUUAUUUUUUCGUAUGAA